AUGAAAUUCACAUUUUACCGCAGUUCAUUUAUUAACGAAUGUGGAAAUGAAAAUCAUUACCGAUAUAAACGUCAGUUUGAUGCUUCAAAUACACCGCAGAUUGAUUUGAAUAUCACCGUACCAUAUGUCUUCAGUGCAAGAUUGUAUCCAUUCGGUGAAGCCAAAGGUGAUCAGAUUCUGACAGGCUCAUCACAAAUCAUUAAACUGAGCAAAUCAUUUAAAUUUCUUGGCAAAGAAUAUGACGCUGUCAAUAUUCGACGUGAUGGAGCAAUUGCUUUAUCAGACGUGCCGAUGAAACCCUCAAAAUUACCAUCCCCGCAACCGAUAAUAGCGAUAUAUUGGAUGCCAGCACAAGGUGGAAAAGUACAUUACAGAGAAUCAAACGAUUCAUCAUUAUUACAUUUAGUAGAAAAUGAAGUAAAUAUUCAAUAUCAUUAUGGAUCAGCAUUUAAACCUAAUGCAGUACUUAUUGUUACCUGGGAAAAUACUCAUGAAAUUACAGAACCUAAUCUAGAAGGUAAUUCAUUUCAAGUGGCGCUGAUUAUGAGCGAUAGUGGAACAUUUGCGCAUAUUGUUUACAGAAAACUGAAUGCUAAUAAAAAUGCUGUGGCAGGUUUCAGCGGUUUAGAUGGGCAUUAUUCAUUGCCAGGUUCAGGAACACAAGAUGCAAUAGAAUUGGCGGAGAAAAGCGAUAUCGGUAUACCGGGAGAGUUCUUGUUCCGGAUUGAUUCAGAUCAAGUGUUUCUUUGUGGUGCUGGAUAUAAAGGACAAGAAUGCGCUGAAACUUGUGGGAAGGCAGAAUGGGGUCUUGAUUGCGCCAGGCAGUGUCAUUGUGAUGGUGGCGCACAGUGUAAUGCUGAAACAGGAGCAUGCCCAGGUGGAAAAUGUAAUCCUGGUUGGACUGGAGCACCAAUUUGUGAAGAUGAUGUAGACGAAUGUGCAGAAAAAGAUGAUCUCUGCCCCCGAGAGCAGCCAGAUUGUGUGAAUACAGCUGGUGCAUACUUAUGCAUUUGUUAUGAAUAUGAUAACACAACUAAUACAUGCAAAAGUGCAUUACCUCUCAAAAGCGGGAAAAGUGAGCUGAUAGCAGUGAAUAUUGUUCCAGUGCAACCUGUAUUAGCAUCUACAACAGCUGCAUCCAAUAAUCGAAUAACAAAACUUCCUACUACGACGACAACUCAGUGGUCCACACUGACCACUUCUUCAAAUGAUUCUAGAACUGUCCAAUUUACUCCUCUUCCUAUUAAAAAGAAAAUUUUGGGUAUUACUUUACCUAGCUGUCAUUGUGAUGAGAAUGCGGAAUGUAUCGGAAAGGUGUGUAAAUGUAAAUCUGGUUGGACCGGUGAUGGAAAAUCUUGCAUGGAUAUCAAUGAAUGCUUCGGUGAACCGAGUGUUUGUGGUGCUCAUGCGUUGUGCGAAAACAGUCCAGGCUCAUAUAGUUGUCAAUGUAACAUUGGAUAUAUAUUUGACAAUAAUGGAAAAUGUAUUGAUUUGGAUGAAUGUGCUGAAGGAAUUGUAGUAUGCGGUGGCAAUAAGAAUAGCUCUGUUUGUAUAAAUACAGACGGAAGUUAUGAAUGUCAAUGUGCGCCUGGUUAUGCUGGUAGUCCGGAUAGUCCGCAUGGUUGUGUGGACGUGAAUGAAUGUCAACUAUCGGACUUUUAUUGUGGUGAGAAAGGAGUUUGCAAGAAUUUAGUAGGCAGUUAUGAAUGUGAAUGUGCGGAUGGUUUUCAACGUGACCAAUACACGGGACAAUGUGUUGAUAUUGAUGAAUGCAAGUAUGAUCCGUGUGAUAAGGCAGCAAUAUGCACAAACAUACAUGGAUCCUUUCGAUGUGCUUGUAUAGAUGGAUUCGUUGGUAAUGGGGUCGAAUGUCACGAAACGAUCCUUUUCCCAAUUGAUAAUCCAACACUUGAAAUAGUUCCUCGAGUAAAUGCUGUUGCUGAUUACCUUAUGGCUGCACCUCUUCAACUUUUUGGUCGAACUUAUCGUACUCUUUAUAUUUCAUCAAAUGGUGGAAUAAGUUUUGGAGAGCCACUUCCAUUAAAACUUGAUGGUAAUGUUCGUUUUCCAGCAUUUUUACCACUUUAUCAGCACUAUGUCUUCAAGGAUGGCUCAAAAGUGGUUCUGAAAGUCAUUGAUGACACCGAUCCUAAAGAUUAUACAUUGUUGACUCGUCUAUCCCUAAGUGUAAAUAAUAAAUUUCAUCAAAAAGAUUUUCGCACAAUUUCAUUAUUUAUUAUUUCAUAUGAUCAUAUGUUACAAGCUGAUACUGAUCAGGAAAAUUCGUUCCAAGUAGUAAUAGCGCGUGGUGAUAAUGCGACAUUUGCUAUGUAUUUAUUUGAAGAAAUCGAAUCUGACAGUGGUUUGAGUGGAUUCUCGUCAGGAAUUGAAUUUUUUGAGUUGCCUUUUGAGAUGUUGGCUAAUCGAUCAAAUAUCGGAGAGCAAGGAAAGUGGUUGUUUCGAGUUGAUGGAAUUUUACCGUUACAUUGUCCAGCUGGUACAUUGGAUCCACCACUAUGCCAGAAAGAGUGUGGUGCAGGUACGUGGGGAUUCCGUUGUGAGAAUAAAUGUCACUGUCGUAAUGAUAUUCCAUGCGAUUUUGCAACCGGAUUCUGUUCCAAUGCUCAAUGCGCAGAUGGAUGGACGGGUGUUAGUUGCUUAGAAGAUGUGAAUGAAUGUAUUACGGAAAGACAUAAUUGUUCAUCGAAAGCGACAUGUAUCAACGAAAUCGGAACAUAUCGGUGUAAAUGUAAUGAACUUUUUGUGGGUGAUGGCUUCUCAUGCAAACAGGUGGAUGCAUGUUAUUUACGAUAUAAGGAAAAGUGUUCGGUAAAUGCCGCAUGUGAUGAAAAAUCACCGGAAGGACCGGAAUGUGUCUGUAAUGAUGGUUAUCAUGGUGAUGGCUUGAAUUGCCUCAGAAUUAAUGCUCCAAUCGAGGAGCCAAUAACACCAAUCUUGGAUAACGUAAUUACGGACAUACCACUCGGAAUACCCAAAAGUGUUGAAAUAGAUAGUGAUAUGGAAGAAACACCAUUCUUAAUGCAUAAUUGGGUCAAUGAAGCAAUAAAUACUGAAUCAGCGAUACAGAAGCAUCAUAAAGAAGUAAAUAUGAAGAUACGUACAACAACUACUCCACCUAUUGCCAAAGAUUACAGUGAUGUCGGAAAUGAACUUUACGUCGGUGGUAAAAUAAUUGAGGAAACAGAUAACAGUAGCACCUUGUUUAUUGUGGUACCAGUAGCCUUAUGCGCUUUAUGGUCUAUCAUUAUCGUUAUUGUCCUUGCUGUAUGCUGCCAGAAGAAGAGGAAAUUACCGUCACCGUUAAUGUGCCAAGAUCCGGUAAGUAUGUCCGGUUGGAGGAAGCCUCCGCAAAUUCUGAGUACAUAUCCUACCCAUUUCACUGCUCAAUACUAG